AUGCGCAAGCCGUCUAUCAAGCCCUCGCCAGAGUCCGACUCCAUCUUCAUGCCGGCUGACCCUAGAGCAGUCGGAUCCGGCUUGGGGACUUCAGCAGCCGGACUAGGGACUUCAACAGUUGGCCCAGGGACUUCAGCAGGUGGCCCAAGGGCUGCACCACUAGCACCCGGCCCAGGAACUCUAGCAGGCGGCCCGGGGGCUGCAGCAGUCGGCCCAGGGACUUCAUCGGCACCACCAGGAGCGGCUGGCUCCAGCCCGCCGCCUCCCAACCAGGCCACCCUCGUGUCAGUUGCCGUCUUCAUAGUGGUGGCGGCCCCAUCUUGGGCACAUCCCAUCCGCGACUAUCUGGUAAGCCGCGUACUACCAGCAGAAGAAGUGCUAGCCCGACAGAUCCAGCGCCGAGCAGGCUCCUACACCAUCGUCAAUAGAGAGCUCGACAGGCAGAGCGUGACCGGUGUUUAUCAGCGCUGCAUGGAGCUGGAGAAGGGCAUGGAGAUCCUCAUAGAUAUUCACCAGGGCGAAUGUGGCCACCACGCCGCCUCCAGAGCCCUUGUGGCAAAAGCCUUUCGUCAUGGUUUCUUCUGGCCGACUGCUUUGGACGAUGCCAAAGAGUUGGUCAAGAAGUGCAAAGGAUGCCAGAAGUUCAGCACCAAGCAACACCAGCCAGCCUCUAUCCUCAAGACCAUCCCCAUCACCUAG